ACACCUCUGCCAUCGCUGUGCUGAGUGCGGCCUCGCUCGUUCUCUGUCGGUUGGAUUGCGUCGCUCCGCCUCCCUGACUGGCAGCUCACCCGGUGUGUAGAGCCGGCUCGGUGCGACUUGAACGGUCCCCUCCUGAUACCCGGUCGGUUCCGGCGACAUGGAGUUCGUCCCCCCGCCGGAGUGCCCGGUGUUCGAGCCCAGCCGCGAGGAAUUCGCCGACCCGUUCGCCUUUAUUAAUAAGAUUCGGCCCAUAGCGGAGCGCACCGGGAUCUGCAAAGUGCGACCGCCGCCGGAUUGGCAACCUCCAUUUGCUUGUGAUGUGGACAAACUGCACUUCACUCCACGUAUCCAAAGACUUAAUGAACUUGAGGCUCAAACCAGGGUAAAGUUGAACUUCUUGGACCAGAUAGCCAAGUUUUGGGAAUUACAGGGAUGCACUCUGAAAAUACCUCAUGUUGAACGAAAAAUACUCGACUUGUUUCAGCUAAACAAGCUGGUAACGGAUGAAGGAGGUUUUGAUAUAGUCUGCAGGGAUAGGAAGUGGACAAAAAUAGCUGUGAAAAUGGGAUUCUCCACAGGAAAAGCCAUUGGGUCCCACAUUAGAGGCCAUUAUGAACGCAUUCUUUACCCUUACACAUUGUUUCAGUCUGAAACAAGCUUGCUGUCUCCAGACACCAAAAUGCCUGGAUAUAUGGAUGAUGCAGACACAGAUAAGAAGCCAAAUCUUGCCCCAGAUGUGAAAGACAAGGAAUACAAACCUCAUGAUAUCCCUCAAAGGCAAUCUGUCCAGCAUUCAGAAAGCUGUGCCCCUGCUAGAAGAGCUAAACGUACGAAAGCAGAGGCUAUAAGGGUUAAAACUGAACCGGAAGAGACCCCUGAAUUAAGACCUCGAACUUUGCGCCGCAGGAUGGGAUCUACACCUUCUGUCUGUGAUAAUGAUCAAACUGUGCAUGUGAAACAAGAGCCAGUGGAAGCAGUUAUAGAGAAGCCAAAACCAAAACCCAAAAAGAGCAGAAGUCCAGUGGAUUUAUAUGUUUGUUUCAUUUGUGGGAGUGGAAAUGAUGAGGACCGUUUACUCCUUUGUGAUGGUUGUGAUGACAGUUACCACACCUUUUGUCUUAUUCCUCCUCUCAAUGAUGUACCCAAAGGUGACUGGAGAUGCCCAAAAUGUUUGGCACAGACUGUGUGCAGGGAAGAUCAGCAUCUGAACCAAAAGAAGGUGGAGGCUGAUAGACUGAAGGAAUGCAGUAAGCCACAGGAAGCAUUUGGGUUCGAGCAAGCUGCCCGGGAUUAUACUCUACGUAUGUUUGGAGAGAUGGCCGAUAACUUCAAAUCUGACUAUUUUAACAUGCCCGUUCAUAUGGUGCCCACAGAGCUGGUAGAGAAGGAAUUUUGGCGAUUAGUAAGCACCAUAGAGGAGGAUGUUACUGUUGAAUAUGGAGCAGACAUUGCAUCUAAGGAAUUUGGAAGUGGAUUUCCUGUUCGGAAUGGCAAGUUUCGUGUCAAGCCAGAAGAUGAGGAGUACCUUGAUUGUGGCUGGAAUCUAAAUAAUAUGCCUGUGAUGGAGCCUUCAGUGUUGACCCAUAUAACUGCUGACAUCUGUGGAAUGAAGUUGCCAUGGCUUUAUGUGGGCAUGUGCUUUUCCUCCUUUUGUUGGCACAUUGAAGACCACUGGAGUUAUUCGAUCAAUUACCUGCACUGGGGUGAGCCAAAGACUUGGUAUGGAGCUCCUGGAUAUGCUGCAGAACAGCUAGAGGACGUGAUGAAGAAACUAGCUCCAGAGUUGUUUGUUGCUCAGCCUGAUCUACUCCAUCAGUUGGUCACCAUUAUGAAUCCCAAUACACUGAUGGCUCAUGGUGUACCGAUAUAUCGAACCAAUCAGUGUGCAGGAGAAUUUGUUAUAACAUUUCCACGUGCUUAUCACAGUGGUUUUAACCAGGGCUUCAACUUUGCUGAGGCUGUGAAUUUCUGCACAGUGGACUGGCUGCCUCUUGGUCGUCAGUGUGUGGAACAUUAUCGGCACCUUAACAGAUAUUGUGUCUUUUCACACGAUGAGAUGAUUUGCAAGAUGGCUUCUAAAGCUGCAGAACUGGAUGUUGUUCUUGCAUCUUCCGUACAGAAAGAUUUAGCCAUCCUGAUUGAAGAAGAGAAGGCUCUUCGUGAGGCAGUUCGUAAAAUGGGUGUUGCUGAAUCUGAAAAGAUUGAUCUGGAGUUAUUAGCAGAUGAUGAGCGGCAGUGUCUAAAGUGUAAGACAACCUGCUUCACAUCGGCAGUGUAUUGUUCUUGCACGCCUAGCAGUCUUGUAUGUCUGUACCAUAUUGAUGAACUCUGUUCUUGUCCCCCGCACAAGUAUAUUUUAGGGUAUCGCUACUCUCUUGAUGACUUGUAUCCCAUGAUGAAUGCUGUGAAGUUACGUGCAGAAUCCUAUGAUGCUUGGGCUUUCGAGGUGGUUGAUUCUCUUAAAGCAACAGCCAGUAAAAAGAGCCUCCCCAGUCUUCGAAUUCUUAUGGAAGAAUCUGAAUCUAGGAAAUUUCCUGAUAAUGACCUUUUGCGACACUUGCGUACUGUUGUGCAAGAUGCGGAGAAGUGUGGAACUCUUGCACAGCAACUGCUGAAUGGAAAACGCCAAACCAGGUUUCGGUCAGGGGGUGGAAAGUCUCAGAAUCAGAUAACUGUUGCUGAACUCAAGUCUUUUGUAAAGCAGCUACAUUCUCUUCCAUGUAGCAUCAACCAGACACCUCAGCUCAAGGACCUCCUAAACCGAGUGGAGGAAUUCCAAACGUGCAGUCAGAAGCUUUUAUCAACAGAUAUGCCCAGAUCAAGUGAUUUGCAGCAGCUUCUUGAUUCCAGCUUUCAGUUUGACCUGGAAUUGCCUUUAGAAAGUUUGCGAGAGCGCCUGGAACAGGUUCGCUGGUUAGAGGAACAACGGCAAGCCUGCCAGGAUCCUGGGACACUGACACUGGAUGUUAUGAGGAGACUUAUAGAUUUGGGUGUUGGCCUGGCUCCUCAUCCUACUGUGGAGAAAGCAAUGGCUGAGCUUCAGGAGCUCCUGACUAUGUCAGAACAUAUGGAUGACCGGUGCAAAAGUCUACUCAAAGCAAGGCCCCGACAAAAUCUUAGUUCUGUGACUGCUGUCCUUCGGGAAGCAGAAAGUGUCCCCGUUUACCUUCCAAGUGUGGAGUCCUUAAGGGAUGCUGUUGAAAGAGCUCGAGAAUGGCUGCAGAAGGUGGAGACUUUGCAGACUGGACCUAGAGUUCCUGUUCUGGAUGGAUUGGUUGAACUUGUGAAUCAGGGUAGAGCAAUUCCUGUACAUCUUGGUCCUUUGCCAAGACUUGAAGCCCUUGUGGGUGAAGUCCAUUCCUGGACGGAGUGUGCCACUAGCACAUUUUUAACAUCUAACUCGCCCUACACUUUGUUAGAGGUUCUCUGUCCUCGAAGUGAUGUUGGCUCUCCAGGUUUAAAAAGAAAAAUGAGAAAGAUAAAGGAGCAGACAGCUUCAGGGGGGAAGAAGAAAUACCCAAAGCCAGAUGGCCUACUAGAGCUUGAGAAAGCUCUGAAUGAAAGUAAAGACACUGCUACUGCUAUGGCAAGUCUGGGUCAAGCAAGACUGCAUGAGAUGGAGUCUUUACAUGCUGUACGCAUGUCUAAUGAGAACAGAAUCUUGUCAAGGGAAGAGCCAAGUGACUGGAAAGUGUGCAUAUGUCAGGGCGCACCCGUUGCUCCCAUGAUCCAGUGUGAGCUUUGCCGAGCCUGCUUCCACUCUAGCUGCAUUACUGCGCCAAAGCAUGGAUCCCAAGUCUGGCUGUGUCCACAAUGUCACCGCUCAAAGAAACCACCUCUAGAAAAGAUUCUCCCUCUAUUGGCAUCUCUACAACGUUUACGUGUUCGACUACCAGAGGGAGAUGCCCUCCGCUAUCUUAUUGAGAGGACAGUGAACUGGCAGCAUCGGGCACAACAUAUGUUGUCUUCUGGAGAAAUAAAACUGGCACAAGAAAGGAUCAGCUCAAGUCAGUUCUACAACAGAUGGCAAGCCACUGCUGGGCAGCUGACAGAGACUUGUAAUGUGUCACAAAGUGUUGGGGCCACAUCUUUUUCUUUGCCCCAUGAGUGGGACAACAGGACGGCAUACAUCACCUCUCCAUUUUCUCCUGGGCGUAAUUGUAUCCCUCUAAACAGUCUGAAUGGGGAGCUAGAUGAGUUACUGAUGGAAGCUCAGCUUUUACAAGUCUCGCUUCCUGAAGUACAAGAAUUGUAUCAGGUGCUCAUGACCCAACCAAGCACAACAAACCCAGAGAGCAACCUAACUCUCUCAGGAAAAGACCGGGGACCCAAUAAACAGCAGGGAACAGAAUGGAAUGCGGCACGUUCUGAGGCGGUGUACUGCAUGACCAAGAAGGAGAGGUCAGACAGCACAGAGAAGAAGUUGAAGAGGCGUCAUGAAGGUAUAGAGAGGAGGAUGAGGAAGACACCAGCUCCUCGAAAAAAGAGGGUGAAAACGCUACAGUCCAAAGGCUUAUGCAGUAGAGAGCAACGGCUUGAUAGAGACAGUGACUCAAAUAGUUCUUUCACAUCUGAAUCAGAGGAUGAAAAUGCAAUUUGUCCAGCAGAUCAUUGCAUGGAACCAGAAGGAGAUGAGGUUCAUUGGGUGCAAUGUGAUGGAAGCUGUAAUCGUUGGUUUCAUCAAGCCUGUGUUGGUCUUUCUGCUGAAGCUGCUGAGAAGGAGGAUUACGUGUGUGCCCACUGCAUUGAUGCAAUUGCCGCUACACACAAAUGAAGUUCUCCACUCAGAUUUGACUGUACUGCUCCCAGGACUUCAGGAUUUUUUCCUCCUAGACAUGUGCCCGGUUUUCUUUUCAAAUCCGGCUCCUGAUGGUGCUUUUCAGACCCUGAAAACCAAUCUCUCACUCCUUCUUCAAGACAAUUGGGAUUUAAUAAAAAUACAAAUUGUUUUGUAUAUUUUACUUAACUUUUCAACUGUUACACGUUACAGAUGUGCUGGUUCUCCAGCAAAAUUAAUUGUUCUAGAUUGUUUUGCUGUUUAAAGAUGAGCUUUCAUACCUCACUGAAUGGAUCCAUGGUCAGUGCAGUACAUUAGGAGGAGUGUGAAUGAAAUGUUAACUUGUGGUAAGGUACCAAGAGUUUGAGGUUUCAGUUCCAUUAAACGACACCUAGUUUUUGUCUUUAAUGUAGGACAUGUUUCCUGAGCAAUAACAUUUUUUUUCUCCCUGUCAUUAAUUACAAUAUUUGAAUUGAGAUACUGAACCUGUUGCUCUGAUUUAAGUGGCCACGGCAAUGAAGUGGGCCUUUGUACAGAAUGGUGGAUUAGUAGGUGCUUAGGGCAGCCAGCGUGUUAGAUAUAGCAAACUGAGCUCUGAAAGUUUCCUUAAAAUCCUGUUAAUUAUUAUUAUUUCUUGUUUGUUUUGGCUUUUCUUGUAGCUUGUAUCAAAUUUUGCAGUUUAUAUUGUGGAAUAAAAUCCUUGGUUACAACAAAA